GUUAGAUUUGUCUGCGAAACUGCUGUGCGAUAUAAUAGAAAAAAUGUCAACAAUAACUUCUGGGGGACCCUGCUUGAAUGAUAGAUGGUUGCAGUGUUUUUAUUUACAUGUAGAGAUUGUGCAGUACUACACAUAGUUCCGCCACAUCAAUAUGUUCGUUCCAAGGGCAGUCAAACGCAAGCCAGCAAAAUCACCUGCAGCCUCAACAGCUUCUGCCAAAAAGAAAACUGAUGUUUGUCCUGUCAAUACUGUGAUAAAUACACAGAAUACCUCAGAAUCUAAGCACAUCGACCAUUGCAAAACUUCUCAUCAAACCCUCAACCCUUUCAAAUUAACAAACAGCAUAGAGGCUGGACAUUGCAUCUCAGCCUUAGGAGAAGAAAUAUUACCAGAAAAUGAAGUUCGGAAAACCACUUUGUGCCAAGGAGAAUCAUCAGUCACAAAGUUGGAAGACUCAUCAACAAAUUUUGAGGCAAAACCUACCCCAGCAAGAGAAGAACAUUUACACAUCAAAUGCCCAGACCUACAUGUAGGAUUCUCGAUUAAAUCAGAUACUGUACCUUUACAACUUAAGUGCAAAGAUGAGGCUGAAGUUUUAGGAACUAAGAAUGACUCUACCAUUUCACAUAAAGGGGAUUCAGAAUUCGGUGUCAGCAGUGGGAUACAUGGUGGUUCUGACCUUCCACUUCCAGGGAUUCCAAUCGAUAUUGCUGCAAUAAGGAAGUCUAUCGCAAACAUAAAAAGAGAUGGGAGACUGGCAUCUUCAGAGACACCUUUAAGAAAAGAAGAAGCUGUGGUUAAGACGGAGAAUGCUGAUGAGAAGAAUGGGCAGAUAGAUGAGGAACAUGAGAGUGAUGAGGAGGAAGUUGUGUCAUACAGUAAAAAACAAAGAUGGCCUGUUGAUGAUGAACCUGUGUGUGUCAUAUGCAGCAGAUAUGGAGCUUACAUUUGUGAUCAGACUGAGUUUGAUAUUUGCAGCCGUGAAUGCAAAGCCAGGAAUUUGGCGAGACUUGGAAAGACUUCAGCAACGACUCGGUUAUCAACUCCAGCUCCUGAACAGGUCAAUACAACCAAGGUUAUCAUUGAAGAACCUGAACCCGUUGGUUACAUGUAUCAGGAACAUGAGGAGAUCUCAGACCUAAGCAAAGAACAAGUUCAAGAAAUCAGAGCACAGGUUGACAUCUUUGUUGAAGGAAUGGACAUUCCAAGACCAAUCAUUGAGUUCUCGCAUCUUGUUGCUCCAAAAAAAAUGGAGGCCAAUCUUGCAAAUGUUGGAUACAACAUGCCUACUCCAGUCCAGAUGCAGGUCAUUCCAGCAGCGUUGAGAUGGCGUGACAUGAUGGUGUGUGCUCAGACAAGCUCCGGAAAAACUGCUGCUUUCCUUGUUCCCACCAUUCUACAAAUCUACAACACUGUGUGUUUUAGAGACAGUAAAGAAGAGGGGAGCAAACCCCUGGGAUUGAUCCUGUCGCCUUCCAGAGAGCUAGCCAUGCAAAUUGAGGAGCAAGCAAAACAAUUGAUGCAAGGUUUACCUAACAUGAGGACAGCUCUUAUGGUAGGUGGACUACCAAUGCCGACACAGCUACAUCGACUCAAACAAGAUGUCCAGUUUAUUAUUGCUACUCCUGGUAGAAUCCUUGAUGUUAUUCAGAAGGAAGGUGUAUCAUUAGCAGCAAUUAAGACAGUGAUUAUUGAUGAGGUUGACACCAUGCUACAUAAAGGCUUCAAACAACAGGUGUUGGAUGUGAUGAGUCAUCUUCCAAACUCUCAUCAGACGAUGCUGUUCUCUGCAACAAUACCUCAAUCCAUGGAGAAUGUAGCUGCAUCAUUGCUACAUAAUCCACUCUACAUCUCAAUUGGCAAGCCCAACACUCCAUGUACUUCAGUAAAGCAGAUUGUGAUGUGGGUCGAGGAACCAGCUAAGAAGAAGAAUCUCUUUGCAGUACUGCAGGAUCCCAAGCAUUAUAGGCCUCCCUUGGUGGUGUUUGUUGACUCUAAAAUAGGAGCAGGACUUCUUUCACUAGCGAUCAACAAGACAUGUGACAUCCGUGCAGCCUCUCUGCAUGGUGACAGACCCCAGAGCGAAAGGACUGAGACACUACAGUGCUUCAGGGAUGGGGAAUACCCAGUUCUGGUGUGCACAGCUGUCCUGGGUCGGGGCAUUGACCUCCCAGGGGUCAAGAUGGUGGUGAACUUUGACAUGCCAAACACAGUAGAAGAGUACAUCCAUCAGAUUGGACGAACAGGCCGUUUAGGAAGUAAAGGAAAAGCCAUAACUUUCAUCAACAACGGAAGCAAAAAUCUGUUCCUUGAGUUUGUGAAUACAGUCAAACCCCUGGGUGUACCUCUCCCGCCCCAGCUGAUCAACUCGACCCACCUUCACUACCAGCAGCAGGGUCAUCGUACCUGGCAACAAGACGCAAGAUGGAAAAGGGAAAGGAAGAAUUGUGACAAUGAGGAUGCAGGGGAGGGACAGAGACAAGGAGGCAAUGAAAGCUACUUUGGUUACAAGAGGAGGAAACAAGAAGCAAGUGCCGUUGGUGAACUUCUGAAGAAGCGCAAGCACAAGAAGGGAAACAGGUGAUGAUCAAGAAUCCAAAGACUGGAAAGAGGAGCUCCUGUUACCUGAAUUCUACACCUCUCCAAGCUCUGAAAUCUUGGGGAUUGUCUGAAAAUUCAGAACAUUCCAACUGGAUUGGUCAAUUAUUCCAGGGGGUGUACAUGGACUGGUUCGUUGGACCACUGCCAAUCAUCACGGACCUGACUUCAGAACAUUCUGGCAGUCCACUGGAUUUUAGGCAUGUCUAUGGUAACAUUAAUUCACACCUAGACAUGCAUGCCUGUAUGCUGCUUUUUAGAAAAGGCAAGGGCACGAAGGCAAUUUCUACUGGAGCAUUUCGUGGGCACCGACCAGGCAGGGGGCAUGGAGGCAA